GCUAUUCAUUCUGUUGCUUGGCAUCAUGAAGGGAAACAGUUCAUGUGCAGUCACUCUGAUGGCAGCUUGACCCUAUGGAAUCUGAAAAGUCCUAACAGACCAUUCCAGACCACAAUUCCACAUGGAAAAAUUCAAAGAGAUGGAAAAAAACCUGAAUCUUGUAAACCAAUUCUUAAAGUAGAGUACAAGACCUGUAAAAAUAGUGAACCCUUUGUGAUAUUUUCUGGUGGACUGUCAUAUGAUAAACCUUGUCGAAGACCAAGUUUAACCAUCAUGCAUGGGAAAGCAAUUACAGUUCUUGAAAUGGAUCAUCCUAUAGUUGAUUUUUUAACUCUUUGUGAAACCCCAUAUCCAAAUGAAUUUCAAGAACCCUAUGCUGUGGUUGUGCUUUUGGAAAAAGAUCUCAUUGUUGUUGACCUGACACAAAGCAAUUUUCCAAUCUUUGAAAAUCCAUAUCCUAUUGACAUUCAUGAGUCACCUGUUACCUGCACAGAAUAUUUUGCGGAUUGUCCUCCAGAUUUGAUUCCUGUACUCUAUUCUGUAGGAGCAAAACAUAAAAAGCAAGGAUACAGCAAUAAGGAGUGGCCUAUCAGUGGUGGAGCAUGGAACCUUGGAGCUCAGACAUAUCCUGAAAUCAUUAUUACAGGCCAUGCAGAUGGAUCAGUAAAGUUUUGGGAUGCUUCUGCCAUUACUCUACAGAUGUUGUAUAAAUUAAAAACGUCAAAGGUCUUUGAAAAACAGAAACCAGGAGAAGGAAAAGCAACAGCUGAAAUUGUGGAAGAAGAUCCUUUUGCUGUUCAGAUGAUGUACUGGUGUCCUGAAAGCCGAAUUUUCUGUGUGGCAGGAGUUUCUGCAUAUGUGGUGGUUUACAGGUUCAGCAAACAUGAAGUAAAUACUGAAAUUGCAUCAUUAGAGGUACGACUUCAGUAUGAAGUAGAAGAUAUCAUUACUCCCGAACCGGAAAUAAAUCCUUCAUUUCCAGAUGCCUCCUCCCAGCUUCCUUCUUUAAAGAGCCUUUCAGGCAGUACCAAUACUGUAGCAUGUGAAGGAACGAUGAAGGAUAGCAUCCCAUGUCUUAGUGUUAAGACUCGACCUGUGCGAAUGCCUCCUGGAUACCAAGCAGAUCUUGUUAUUCAGCUGGUGUGGGUGGAUGGUGAGCCUCCACAACAGAUUACCAGUCUUGCUGCAAACUCUGCUUAUGGACUAGUGGCAUUUGGAAACUGUAAUGGUUUGGCCGUUGUGGACUUCAUGCAGAAGACAGUUCUACUGAGCAUGGGAACCCUUGACCUAUAUGGAUCAAGCGAUCCGUACCAGCGUCAGCCCCGUUCUCCCCGCAAAAGCAAGCAGUUUGCUGCAGACAACUUUUGCAUGCGUGGCCUGUCUAACUUUUAUCCAGAUUUAACGAAACGGAUCCGUACUUCCUAUCAGAGCCUGACUGAACUCAGUGACAGUCCAGUUUCCCUGGAGCUAGAGCGUUGCAAGUCUCCCACUUCAGAUCACGUGAAUGGUCACUGUACAAGCCCAACAUCCCAGAGCUGCAGCUCAGGAAAACGACUUUCCAGUGCAGACGUCUCAAAAGCAAACCGGCGAGGGCCUGGGAGGCCCCCCUUCAGAAAAGCCCAGUCUGCAGCCUGCAUGGAGAUUUCUCUCCCAGUCACCACAGAAGAAAAUAGGGAAAACUCCUUCAGCCGCUCCCGCAGCUCCAGCGUGUCCAGCAUCGACAGGGACUCGAAGGAGGCGAUCACUGCUUUGUACUUCAUGGAGUCCUUUGCCAGGAAGAACGACUCCGCUGUCUCCCCCUGCCUCUGGGUUGGAACGGGCCUCGGUAUGGUCUUAAUCCUCUCCCUCAAUCUGCCUGCCAGUGACGACCUGCGGCAGUCAGAGCCAGUCAUGGUGUCGCCAAGUGGCACAGUUCUAACCCUGAAGGGAGCCGUGCUGACCUUCGCGUGCUUGGACUGCAUGGGGACGUUGACACAUCCACCAUAUGAAGUAUGGAGGGACCCACACAGUGCUGAUGACGGUGAAAAAACAAGAAAAAGGAAACUUGUCAUGCAUUCCCCUUCCUCCUCCCAGGAUAUGGGUGAUCAUCAAUUUGCAGUCAUUUGUUCAGAAAAACAAGCCAAAGUCUUCUCAUUGCCUUCCCAAACAUGUCUUUAUGUCCACAACAUCACCGAAACGUCCUUUUUAUUGCGAGCAGAUGUGGUCACCCUCUGUAACAGCGUCUGUCUGGCGUGCUUUUGUGCCAAUGGGCACAUCAUGACACUGAGCUUGCCCAGCCUUCGCCCACUGCUGGACCUCAACUAUUUGCCUGUGACAGACAUGAGGAUAGCGCGGACCUUCUGUUUCACUAACGAAGGGCAAGCUCUGUAUCUCAGCUCUCCCACAGAGAUCCAGCGCCUGACCUACAGCCAGGAGAUGUGUGAUAAUCUGCAGGACAUGCUUGGGGAUUUGUUUACUCCUGUGGAAACGCCAGAAGCCCAAAACAGAGGCUUUCUCAAAGGACUCUUUGGAGGAAGUGGACAAGCUUUUGACAGAGAGGAGCUUUUUGGUGAGGCCACGGCGGGAAAGGCCUCUCGCAGCCUCGCUCAGCACAUCCCUGGAUCCGGCGGGAUCGAAGGAGUGAGAGGGGCCGCGGGAGGCGUGAUCGGGGACCUGACCCGCGCGCGCAUCGCCCUGGACGAGAGAGGGCAGAAGCUGGGAGAGCUGGAUGAAAGGACUGCGAGCAUGAUGGCCAGCGCAGAGGCGUUUUCCAAACAUGCACACGAGGUGAUGCUGAAAUACAAGGACAAAAAGUGGUACCAGUUUUAAGACUUUCAAAGAAGCUGCUUGUGGCUUUAUUAAGAACACUGUUCAGGGAAGCAACACUCAUUCCCAAAUCUACCAGUCACAGGCCAGAGACAGUUUUUUCUCCUAGAAGAUGUUUUCCUGUUACUAUUCUUGGAUUCAUCACAGUGGGAAGCAAGGAGAAAGUUUACAGACCGUAAGACAGAAGCUAGAAUCGUGUGGGUCUUACUUCAACAGCUGGCUCAUGCAGUAGCCAAUUUUUUUUUUCCAAAAGGAACUCAACCAUCACUGUGGCAUGUAGUUUUUCAGAAGCUGUAGGUAUGAACUGUGGGGAGUGUGUCUGGUUAAAAAUAUUCUGUACAAACUCGAAUGUUAAUGCACUUAUAAAACUUUGCAUGACUAAUUGACA